AUGCCUCAAGCUGCAGGGGGCCCCCCGUUGGGGGCCCCCCAUAAGAGGCCCCCCUUUGAGGCUUCUUGUUACCCAGGGCCCCCUGUUGCAGCUGAGGGGCCUCGUGGGGGCCCCACAGAGACUGAGCGGGGGGCCCCAUGCUCUGCUCGGGGGCCCCCCAGCUCCACCCCGGGGGCCCCCAGCUACACCCAGGAGCCUACCACCGAUACCCCGGGGGCCCCCAACGGUACCCAGGGCCCCCACAGCUACACCCAGGGGCCCCCAAGCUCUACCCAGGGGCCCCCUGACUCUACCCAUGGCCCCCCCAGCCAUCCCCAGGGGCCCCCCGAGUCUACCCAGGGCCCCCCCAGCCAUACCCAGGGGCCCCCUGUCUCUACCCAGGGGCCCCCUGUCUCUACCGAGGGGCCCCCAAGCCCAACCCAGGGGCCCCCUGUCUCUCCCCAGGGGCCCCCUGUCUCUCCCCAGGGGCCCCCUGUCUCUCCCCAGGGGCCCCCUGCCUCUCCCCAGGGGCCCCCUGUCUCUCCCCAGGGGCCCCCUGAGUGUACCCAGGGGCCCCCUGAGUGUACCCAGGGGCCCCCCCCCGGUAGAAAAAGCAAGGAGGGUGGUGGUGGUAUUGUGUGUGGUUUGUGCGGUGGUGGCGGCGUGUGCAUGCGGCGUGUGGUGAGCGGCAGCUACAGAUGCAAGAAAUGUUUUUGUAUGGAGUUUGAGUCUGAGGUGUAUAUGCAUAUAAAAAAAAAUAAUAUAAUACCUGCUGGUGCUCGUGUGUGUGUGUGUGUUUCUGGGGGCAAAGACAGCGCCGUGCUGCUCCAUGUAUUAUAUAAACUAAACCAGCAGCACCACCAGCACCACCACCAGCAGCAGCAGCAGCAGCAGCAGCAGCAGGAGCAGCAGCAGGAGCAGCAGGAGCAGCAGCAGCAGCAGCAGCAGCAGCAGUGGGAGUUGCUGCUGCUAGCUGUUGAUGAGGGUAUAAAAGGAUACAGAGAUAUAGCCCUGGAGACAGUAAAAAAACAAGCACAAAAAUAUAAACUAAAACUACAUAUUCUCUCUUACGCAAAUCUCUAUCAAGGCUUCGAUAUGGAUACAAUACACCGCACACUCACCAACCAACAGCAGCAGCAGCAGCAGCAGCAGCAGCAGCAGCAGCAGCAGCAGCAGCAGGGGAGCUGCAGUAACGGUUCAACCUGCGGCACCUGCACCCCCUCCACCAACCCCACCCCCCUCACCACCACCACCACCGCCACCACCCCCAGCAGCAGCACCACCCCCAGCAGCAGCAGCAGCACCCCCAGCAGCAGCAGCAGCAGCAGCAGCAGCAGCAGGGUUGCAGCAGCUAGGAGUUUCAAGAGUUACUGUACCUAUUGCGGUGUAUUUAGGAGACAAGCCCUGGAGCGGGGGGCUGUGCUGCUUGCUGCUGACUGUCUUGCUACCGGCCACAACCUCGACGAUACAGCCGAAACUACACUAUUAAACUUAAUCAGAGGAGACUCACAUAGACUCAAAUACUCAGCUAACCCAGGCUGCUGCAGCAGCAGCAGCAGCAGCAGCAGCAGCGGUGGGGGCAGCAGUGAGGCCAGCAGCAGCAACAGCAACAGCAGCAACAGCAACGACAGCAGCAACAGCAACAGCACCAUCAGCAACGACAGCAGCAACAGCAACAGCAACAGCAGCAACAGCAACAGCAACAGCAGCAGCAGCAGCAGCAGCAGCAGCAGCACAGCAACGCGCAGUAUUCGUCGGGUGAAGCCAUUGAUGUUUUGUUAUCAAAAAGAAAUAGUUUUAUAUGCACACUACUGCAGGCUGCAGCACUACGCAACGGAGUGUACAUACAGCUCAGCAGCAACAAGGGGGAAACCGAGAGAGCUUAUGGUGCUGCUGCAGGCGCUGCAGCAGCAGCAGAGAAUACAAGAUAUAGUCAGAGCAGCAAACAUGUGGAUGGAUACGGGGAGUAGUAGUUGCUGCAGCAGCAGCAGCAGCAGCAGCAACAGCAGCAGCAGCAGCACCAGCAGCAGCAGCAGCACGAGCAGCAAACACAGUAUGGAGACAUAUACCCGCUGCAGCACAGGCAGCAGGAAGCAGCAAUUAGAGUUUGAGGAAGCACCACCAGCAGCAGCAGCAGCAGCAGCAACUCCUGCUGCUGCUGCUGCUGCUGCUGCUGCUGCUAGCCUCUUACCCUGCGAGCAGUGUGGGGCCCUAACCACCAACAAACGAUGCCGCGCAUGCACCCUGGUGCAGCAGCUGCAGCGCCAGGCUGCACAGUUAAGCAGCAAACGCUGA